UCAAGCACCAAUCUGAAUAUCAUAUCAUCGUCAAUGAAUUUCUAAUCUUUGCAAUUGAACUUCAUACGAUUCAAUCUCCAAGAUGGCGAUGAGGGUUUCGAAUGGUCGGGCUUUGGCCUCCGCCAUUAGAUCUACCAAAAGCUCUUUGUGCCAACCUAAGAAGCUCAAUAUUCGAACAUUUGCCUCCACACAACAUGCCCGAGUUGUCGUCUCUCCAGAUACUCCAAACAUGCGCCAUGCUCAGAGAGCUCCUGAUGUUCCAGGAGGACUUCGAGUUCCUCCUGUGAAUCCUGCAGAUAAAUACGCGGCCAAGUCAGACGAUAUGCACAGGUAUGGAUCAUGGCUCAUGGGAUGCCUUCCAAAAUACAUUCAGCAAUUCUCAGUAUGGAAAGACGAGCUUGUUAUAUACAUCUCUCCUUCUGGAGUUAUUCCCGUAUUUUCAUUUCUCAAAUACAACACCAACGCGGAAUUUACUCAAAUCUCAGAUAUUACCGCCGUUGACUUCCCUACCCGCGAUCAGCGUUUUGAAAUCGUCUACAACCUCCUUUCCGUACGCCACAACUCCCGCAUUCGUAUUAAGACCUACGCCGACGAGGCUUCCCCCGUUCCCAGUCUCUGCAGUCUCUAUGACGGCGCGAACUGGUACGAGCGUGAAGUCUAUGACCUUUUUGGAGUCUUCUUCGUUGGUCACCCAGAUCUCCGUCGCAUCAUGACAGAUUAUGGGUUUGAUGGCCAUCCAUUACGGAAGGAUUUCCCGUUGACAGGUUACACAGAGAUUAGAUUUGAUGAGGAGAAGAAGCGUAUUGUCGUGGAACCAUUGGAGUUGACUCAGGCGUUCAGGAACUUUGAGGGUGGAACCGCUGCUUGGGAGCAAGUCGGACCUGGUGUUGAUAGAAAACCCACCACGUUCAAACUUCCUACACCCAAGCCAGAGGAGAAGAAAGAAGAACCAAAGAAAUAGAUUCAAAGAGUCUAUUGUAUAUAAACUGUCUACAAACGUAUUUUACAUCCAUACAAAGAUUCCUAAACCC